CUAAACCAAUGAUCGUUUACUUCCGGUAAGGUAGAAUUCAAGUAAGAUUUUUGAAAUUAAACGGAUCUUGAACAGAACGAUAGGGUGUCAAAGCAAACAAAACGGUUUUUGAAAUUUAAUUGAAUGAGUUUGUAUAUUCAUAUAUUGAAUUAUGGAUUGGUUACAAAUAAUUAUUGAGUGGAUUAAUUGUUUAAAUGUUCUGGAAACACCAAUUAAAGAUAUAGAAGAAUUAAAAGAGAAACAGUUGUAUGGACAGUUAAUUGAAUCAUUGACUUUGAGAAAAGAUAUAAGCAGUUCUAAGGAUAAAGAUAUUCUUACUGCAUUUAUUAAAGAUGAAUAUCCUGAAUUUCAAAUUAAUAAGGAUCAAGUUGAAAAAUAUCCUGAAGACUUAUAUAUCAUGUCAUUAGUACUAUCUUAUGCGAGUCAGAAUUCUACUUUUCAUUUACCGAUGUGUACUAAAUUACAACAUGAAACACAAAUUAAAAUUAAAUCUUUUCUUGAAAUGGUAUUACCUUACGGAAAGUCUAUUUCUUUUGAAGUAUUAAGAGACGCUAUAAUGGAGUUAAUUGAAAUUGAAAAUAAAAAUAUAUUUAAAACACCAAAUACACGUUCUCUUAAGGAAUUUUUUGGUUCUCCGGUAGUACGUUCUGCCCAAAGCAGUAGAAUUUUAAAUGAAAGAAAUCGUGAGUUAAGACUUUUAAAAUCCGAAUUAGAAGUGGAGAGGUUUGAAAAAGCAGAUCUUCAAGAGGAUUUAAAAAUAGAGAAAAACCAAGUGCAACGUUUAAUAAAAUUACUAGAAGAAAAAUCAUUAGAAAUAAAAAAAUUAAAAGAAGAAAAAAAUAAACUAGCAACUCCAAGAUCUUGUAAAAAAGGAAAGAAUACAUUUCGCAAUGAAGAUUAUUACAAACGAGAAAUACAUAAAUUAGAAAAUCAGUUAAUCCAAUCUCAAGAUAAUGUUAUUAAAUUGGAAGAUCAUAAAACAACUGUUACAGAAAAAUUAACAUUUUUAGAGAAAAAAAAUGUAAGUCUUAACGAAAAGUGCAAUGGUUUAGAAAAAUCUAUAGAAAUAUUAACAGUAGAAAUGGAGUCUAAGGAAAGAGAAAUAGUAGAUCUUAAAAUAAUUAAUGAAGAUUUACGUGCACAUUUAAGAAAAUUAAAUGGAACAUUGAUAGAAGACAGCUUUGAAGUUGAUGGGGCUAUAUUAGAAAAUUCUUUGUUGGUACCUAUGAAUACAAGUGAAACUUUAAGUUCAGUUAUUGACGUCCAACUUCAAGAAGCAAGAAAUGAAAAUACUUUAUUAAAAACACAACUUAAUCAGUUAAAGGAAAAGUUAGAAAUCACUCUAAAAGAACAUGAAGAUUCAACGCAUUUAAUGACAAUAUUGCAAAAUGAAUCUCUAGAGGAAAAUAAUAUAAUAAUAAAUAAGAGUUUAGAAGAUUUAUUAGCUCGUAAAGACGAACUUCUAUUGCAAAGCGAAGAAAAUGAGAAAGUAUUAAAUGAAAAAAUAGAUAAUUUGAAUAAAUCAUUGCAUGAUGAAACUAUAAAAUCUUCUGACUUGAGGGCUGCAUUGGUCAAAGCAGAAUCUCUUGUAACAGAACAUAACAAUAUUUUAAAAUCGAUUGAAUCCAAGGACAAUGAAAUAAGUUCUUUACAUUUAAAUAUAAAAAAUUUAAAUUUGGAAAAAGAUCGUUUGAUCCACAUACAAAAAGAAAGUGAUAAUAAGACAAAAGAGUCUGUCAUACAAUUAGAAACGCAAUUAUUAGAUAAACAACAUUUAUUAGAGCAAUUAAACAUGGAUAUCAAAUUAAAAGACGAAACAAUAUUGAUAUUACGAUCGCAAAUAGAUAAAUUGUCUAAAGAAACAAUUGCAUCAGAAAUGAUAUUGAAAGAAAUUACUAGAACUAUCCAAAAUGCAAAAUCUGUUCAUGAUAAUGCGUUAAUGAGGCACGAAAAAGCGUUAAAAGAAAAAUCCUUACAAAUAAAUCACUUGCAAACUCAGUUUAAUCUGGCGAAAAAAAAACUUUGUUCACAGUUUGAAAGAGAAAAGUCGUUAAGAAGUAAUUUAGAAUGUAAACUUGCUAACAAAGAUAUUAUAAUUUCUGAUUUAGAGAAUAAUAUUAGUGAAAUGCAAGAGUCUUUAAAAAUAAAAAUGGAUGAGCUUAAUGUAUUUAAAGAAUGUCAUGAUACUGUAAAUAAAAAAAAUAAAGAAAUCGUAGAAACGUGUAAAGAAUUAAAAGAUUAUAUAAAAAAAUUAAAGUGUAUGUUUUCACAACUUUUAAAUUCUACGCAUGCACAUGACAGUACUGUUAAAAAUAUAUCAGAUGAAUCACAGACAAAUGAUAACAAUGAAUUCAACGUUAUAUCAGAGAUAAUUAUCUUUGCUAUUAAUGAUGUGAAAGCAAUUAAAGAAGAUAUAUUACAUUUAUCUGUAAAAAACACGAAUUUAGAAAAAAUCAUUGAUGAUCAAAAGAAAAUUAUAUUUGAUAACGUAGAAGUUCAAAAUGAAAAUAUAAUAUUGAGACAAAAGGUAAAUGAUUUUGAAAUAUCAGAACAAAAUCAUAAGAAUCUUAAAUGUAAAGAUAUAGAACAUUUGCAAACUAAGAAAAACAUUCUUCAAAAAAUGUUGAAUGAAUAUGAUAUUAAUUAUUUUCAAAAUAUUAAAUCCAUAACCGAUUUUAUGUGGAAGAAAUUUUCUAACAUGGAGCAGAAAUUAAUGAACACUUAUUUGCAGUAUUUAAAUGGUAAUAAAGAAAGUUCCACUAUUGAAUGUAAUAUAGAAGAAAAUGAUGUCAAAGAGGAAGAAAUAAUCAAAGGAGAAUUAGAAAACAUCAGUAAUAUGUGCAAUGAUAUUACUAAAUCUGAAAAAGAGAUAGAAGCUUUUAGACAAUCAAUUAGUUCAUAUAAGAAAAAUUGUGUAGCUGGGCAAGUUAAACAAACUGUUAACGAUAAAAAACUGCAAGUACAGAUCGAUCAGUUAGUGAAAGAGAAAAAAGAAAUGAAGAAUAAAUUAGAUAUAAUGAGAGUAAGGAAUGCAAAAUUAGAAAGAACAUUGGAAGAAGUUAGAACCGAAAAUAAAAAGAAUAAAGAAGUAACACAUCUUAAAUCUCAAUCAAUUGAUUUAAAUGAUCUGAAGAAGCAAGUGACACAGUUGAAACAAGACACUUUAUUGUUACAAGAAGAAAGAGAUAAAUUACAUAAAGAAUUACAAGAGCAGGCUAAAAAUAAAAUAUCUGAAACUCAAUUAAAAGAAAUUCAUAGUAAAUAUGAAAUGAAAUUAGAAGAAAUGAAACAACAAAUGAAAAUAGCUUAUAAUGAGCAAAUGAUGAAAUUGAAAAAAGAACAAGAAAAAACUAUAGAGCUUAAAGUAGAACAGUUACAAUUAAAAUUGGAGCAACAGUGUCAGAAGCAUAAAGAGGAAAUAGAUAAAUAUAAUACCCAUAUCAAUGAAUUAAAUUCACAGUUUUGGAAUGUCGGAGAAAAACUAUUAACUGCGCAACAAGAAAAACAAGAUGCUUUACAGCAAUUGAAUGAUUUUAGGAUUAAGCUAUGUAAUCAAAUGGAACAAAAAACUACGAAUUUUUCUAUGCAACAUAGAACUAUUAAAUUAGAAAAAGAAGAAAUUCCUUUGGAUAAUAAUAUGCACGAAAAUUCACGUACAUUUAUGAAAACAUUGACAGAGGAAAAUAUAAAUGAGAAACAACAUAGUGCCAAAAAUAUGCAUGCUAUAGUCAAUGCCUUUAAAGCGGAGGAUGAAGAAGGAGAAGUUUUUGAUAAUAUUUAUUUAGCGGAUAUGAAAGAAGGUCGUGGCUUGCCUGUAGUAGAUUUUGAUCGUUUAUCUGCAUUACAAAUGAGAAAUUCCCUUUGCAAACCACACUUGAAAUCAUCUUAUCCAGCCGAAACACAAUUUCAACCAUUAUAUUUUACCGAAGAAGAAAUAAAAACAGGUUCAGUUUCUGAUGAUGUUUUUAAUGAUAGUCUAAGUCAAAUUCUCCUUCCUGAACAAAAAACGAAAAAAAGAGAUAGAACGCAACCGUCCUAUAAAAAACCAGGUCCUCCAACACCUAGCAAAAAUGGAGGUAGAUUAUCUUUACAUGGUAAUGAAUUGAAAAGCCCAAAUUCAAGAAUAUUGAAGGAACGAAAUGUUGAUAGAAGGACCACAGCAACGCCGCGACGAACUAGAGGAUUAUUGUGCAAUUUAAGACGCCAAGAUGAGAAUGCUUCAAAUACACCUAGAGCUCGAAGAUUAAGUAAAAUUUUUCGAAAGCAACGUUCAAAUAUGGAUUAAAAAUAAUAAUAAUAAUUAAGUGAGAC